UGCCUCAACAACUCUCACCUUCAGCAACUUCAAUCACAGAACCUCUCUUAAGAACUCUCACAGAGACUCAAACUCUCAUACAUAUUUAGCAGCAAAACAUUGCUCCUCUCACUCUCAUACAAUCUCAGCAGUACAUUUGCACAUCAUUAUGUCAAGUGCACAAUCUUUGAAGAAUAUUGACAUAAAUGUAUACUUCGGUGGACACCUUUACAAUCCUGAAGGGAUUGACGGAUUCCCAUUUAGAGGGGAGGGUAUCGAAUGCUACUACAUGAUGUUACGUCGUAAGUUGAAGACGUUGACUGAUUUGAAGAGGAAAAUAAUGGACGAAUUGAAAUUGAACCCUGCUUGGUAUGACAUCAAGAUUAUUUAUCGUUGCCCACAAGAAGUUCUUCAUGAACGGAUAAAUUAUGGGUAUAUGGCGAUUAAAGAAGAUAAACAUGUAAAGAUGAUGUUUAGUAGGAUCCAGAAAAUGCCCCAAGUAAAUGCUGCUGAGUUGUAUGUAAGUUUGGAGGCGAGUGUAGACAACAGUACUGAGGUGGUGCAAGAAACAUCUACGGCUUUACAAUUUACAACCCUAGAUGAUGGAUGCACUACAAUGGGAGGUUAUACGCUCUCAUCUCAAGAUUAUGUUGCGAAUACUGGUGGAACCCUCUACUCUCAAGAGACACAUUUAGAGGAGGAAGACGAAGACGAAGACGAAGACGAAGAUCAUGCUGUGAAUGAUGGUGAAAAUAAUGAUGAUAUGGAUCAGUACGAAGAGAGGAUUGAGCGAGGUGACUUUGAGAACGAUGUGGAUGAGCAUGAAGUCGUUCCUAAUUUUGAAGAGGAAAAUAUGGAGUACCAUGAUGAAGGUGAUGCAGAUGAUGAUGAUAUUGGUGUCCAGCAUGAUACAGAUACGACCACUGGCUACAGACCUCCUGCGGACUCAUUCUACGCAAAUACUUGGGAAAAUAUGGUUGAUCCUUCACGUCUUCAGAUACCAUAUCUUUGUACUUGGCAAGAUGGGAUGCAUUUUUGUAAAGGGUUGACUUUUGCAAAUAAAGCUGCGGUGAAGCGUGCAUUGAUAAUAUACGCAGCAAAGGAUAAUAGAAAUUUCUCCAUCCAAAGGUCGAGCACAACUGAAUUGUGCGCCGCAUGCAUUGACGACAAUUGCAAGUGGUACGUUGGGGCAUACAUGAAGCCUAAAUUCAAUGGUCUGUGGAUGGUCACGUCUUAUGUGGGUCCACACAGUUGUAUACCCUUUGGGCUGCGAAGAGAUGGUAGAAUGAUGGAUUCUAAUUUUGUUGCAUCAGAAAUUGUGGGAAGAUUGCGAAAAAAGCACACUGCUACUGUUGAUGAGCUUUGGGAGAUCAUCCGUACUAAGUAUGAUCAUGAGCUUUCUUACUAUAAAGUAUGGGACGCAAAACAAAAGGCAAUUGCUAAGAUUUUUGGGGAUUGGGAGGAGUCUUACCAAAGGUUGCGAAAGUUGUUGGCAUACUUGGAUCAGGAUUCGGGUACCCAGUAUAGCUAUCACACCAUACCUAAGCCAUUAGAAGGUACUACGUUACUGCGCUAUGUAUAUUGGGCAUUCGCUCCAUGCAUUGCUGCAUUCCAGUAUUGCAGGCCAGUGAUCAGUAUUGAUGGAACUCAUUUAUAUGGUAAAUACAAAGGGGUAUUGAUGAUUGCAAUGGCAACCGAUGCUAAUCAAAAGGUUUUGCCUAUCGCCUUUGCUGUUGUGGACAAGGAGUCAGGGGCUAGUUGGGGGUGGUUUUUAGAGUGUCUCAGGACUUCGAUAGAGCGUGUUAUUGAAAAUAAGGACAUUUGCAUUAUUUCUGACCGACAUAAAGGUAUCAAAUGCGCCAUUCGAGAGUGGCCUAGAGGGCAAGACGAAGAGAACGGGUAUAUCAUCGAUAUUGCCUUCGACAUGUUGCUAGCAACUUCAACACACAUUUUAAUAACCCGACUCUAA